UUUCUGUGCGUUAUUUGUAAUCCGGUGGUUUUGGCACCAUGGCGUGGCCGUGCAUUACGCGUGCUUGCUGUAUCAACCGUUUCUGGAGCGAGUUGGACAAAGCGGACAUCGCAGUGCCUUUGGUUUUCACCAAAUACUCGGAUGUGGCGGACGUGCAUCACCUGGCCCAUCACCCGCAGCCCACACAGAAGCGGCCCGGUGCCGUCGCCAUAGAAACGCAGCCUCAUCCCGGCGCGCAGGAGGCCGGUAAGGCGCCGCCCGCCGCAGCGGGCAAAGACGGUUCGACUGCGUCCGUCAUGCACCAAGACUUCAAGGCGUGGAAGGUGCGCCCCGAACCGAGCUGCAAACCCAGGAACGAGUACCGGCCCUCCGCGGCCCCCUUCAUCACCGAGACCCAGUACCAGAAAGACUACAAAGCCUGGCCCAUCCCCAGGAAACACGACCACCCCUGGAUCCCCAAGUCCAGCCCCUCCGCCGGACGGGAGGCCACCGCGGAGAAGAUGGAGCCCGACAGCGGCGCGGAGAAGAGCGAGAUCGAGGAGAAAAUGCAGGAGAAGGAGUCGAAGGGGGCGACGAGGAGGGAGAAGUCCGCGGAGAGGAAAGCGACGGACGAACAGACGGCGAAGGACGUGGAGCUGCGGAAAGGCAGAGCUGCAGCAGACGCUCUCAACAGACAGAUAAAGGAGGUGAUGUCCACUUCUAGCAGCUACAGGACUGAGUUUAAGGCCUACAAGGAUGUGAAACCAGUGAAGCCCAUCAAAGCCCCAUCCCAGUAUCACCCUCCUGUUGAGGAGACCAGUCUGGAGACCAGCUACAGUGCCACGUUCAAAGGGGAGCAGGUCAAAGGUCGCCCCGCUGACAACGAGGUGGUGGAGCGCCGGAGGAUACGCAGCCUCUACAGUGAACCCGGCAAGGAGCCCACUAAGGUGGAUAAAUCCUUGUCUCGCAGCAAACCAAAAAAGACGCCAACAACCACUACGGGAAAAAUGGUGAAAAAAGCAAAAGAGAAACAGCUCGCUAGCUCCCAGUCAGCCAAGAAGAAAACAUCUUUGGAUACGCAACAACCCAAACUAGAGGGCGCUGUCACAAAGAAGAUCAAAGAAAUUAGCAAUCGACUGGCCGAGUCAAAACAGUGAACUUCACCUGUCCGUUAUCCGCAACAGCAAAGG